UGAAUUUUUCAGUACCCUGCUUGUUUUUGACAAUGCAGUCUUAUGCUUCCACUAUGCUGAGAGUAUUUAACUGUGAUGAAUACAGUCCAGCUGCGCAACAGAAUAUCCCUGCUUCCGGGAAAAGCUCUUCCGUCGUUUGGACUGAGAACUCUAGCUCAAAGUAUCAGUGCGAAACAGGAGAAAACAGUAAAGGCAACGUCCAGAACAGAGUGAAGCGACCCAUGAACGCUUUCAUUGUGUGGUCUCGUGACCAAAGGCGCAAGAUGGCUGUAGAGAAUCCCCAGAUGCGAAACUCAGAGAUCAGCAAGCGGCUGGGAUACCAGUGGAAAUUGCUUACUGAAGCCGAAAAAUGGCCAUUCUUCCAGGAGGCACAGAAACUACAGGCCAUGCACAGAGAGAAAUACCCGAAUUAUAAGUAUCGACCUCGUCGGAAGGCCAACUUACUGCAGAACAAUGACAGUUUGCGUCCCGUCGAUCCCUCUUCAGAGCUCUGUAACGAAAUGCAAGUAGAAGACAGGUUGUACACCUUCUCAUACAGGGAUAACUGUACGAAAUCCACCCAAUCAAUAAUGGAGCACCAGCUAGUCCACUCACCUCCAGUCAACCCAGCCAGCUCACCGCAGCAGCGGGACCGCUACAGCAACUCGACAAACCUGCAGGGCAAUCGGGUAACAUUGACUACAAAGAGCUAUGCAGACUGUCCUUUUUACCGUUAA